UUCCACUGUACCCUGAAGGUAUUGACUUGAAUGUUCCUUAUUUGGGAAGAGUCUCUUCUGCACCGUCAGUGUCCUAGAGGUUGAAAGUCAAUUAAGCAAAAUCCCCUCUUGUACCUGCCCACGCGGUCAGUCGAGAGAAGAAUUCUCAAGCUCAAGAUACAGGGGAUGGCAUCCGCCAGCAACUACUCCUCUGCUCCGGUCCCCGAAUUCCUCCUCACCUGCUUCCCCAACUACCAGAGCUGGCAGCACUGGCUGUCCCUGCCCCUCAGCCUCCUCUUGCUCCUGGCCAUGGGGGCCAACGCCACCCUCCUGGUCACCAUCCGGCUGGAGGCCUCUCUGCACCAGCCCAUGUACUACCUGCUCAGCCUCCUCUCCCUGCUGGACAUGGUGCUCUGUCUCACCGUCAUCCCCAAGGUCCUGGCCAUCUUCUGGUUUGACCUCAGGGCCGUCAGCUUCUCUGCCUGCUUCCUCCAGAUGUUCAUCAUGAAUUGCUUCCUUGCCAUGGAGUCCUGCACGUUCAUGGUCAUGGCCUAUGACCGCUAUGUGGCCAUCUGCCACCCUCUGAGGUACCCCUCCAUCAUCACUGACCAGUUUGUGGCCAAGGCUAGUGUGUUUAUUGUCACACGAAAUGCCCUUCUAACUGUACCCAUUCCCAUCCUCUCUGCCCGGCUCCAUUAGUGUGGGAGAAAUGUCAUUGAGAACUGCAUCUGUGCCAACCUGUCUGUGUCCAGGCUCUCCUGUGACACCUUCACCCUCAACAGAAUCUACCAAUUCGUGGCCGGUUGGACCUUACUGGGCUCGGAUUUCCUCCUCAUUUUCCUCUCCUACAUCUUCAUCCUGAGAGCCGUGCUCAGGCUCAAGGCCGAGGGGGCUGCAGCCAAGGCUCUGAGCACCUGCGGCUCCCACUUCACCCUCAUCCUCUUCUUCAGCACCAUCCUGCUGGUCGUCGUGUUGACGAACGUGGCCAGAAGGCGGGUCCCCGCGGACACCCUGAUCCUGCUCAAUGUCCUGCACCACCUCAUACCCCCUGCCUUGAACCCUAUUGUGUACGGGGUUCGGACCAAGGAGAUAAAGCAAGGAAUUCAGAAACUGCUGCAGAGAGGGAGGUGAAUACGUAGGACCCAUUUCUAAUCCCCUCUCCCCUUCCUCCUAGCGGUGCUUCCCAGGCACGAGGUGGAGAAAAGCCUCAUCCAGGUGUCUCCCUUUACCCUGGCCUGGUUCAGGGAGGGGUAGGCAAGAGCAAGAAACGCAUUUGUCUUGAGUAAUUGCUUUGAGCUUCCGCAAUUAUAGUGAAGUAAUUUAAUCUUUACGACACUCUCGUAGGUGUUAUUACUUCUAUUUUGCAUGGUAGAAAAAAGAGGAUUUUAAGAGCGCAAGCUGCUGGAGCUCGUGUGUCUGGCAGAUAUGUGACAGAGCAGAGAGUCAACCCCAGACUAGAGAUUUCUUUCUUUCCACAGAAAUACCCCUUCCUGUGCAACUGAAGCUGGGGGCCAGGACUUCACCCCACUUUCCUCUGCCUGUGCUUCAUCCUGGAUGUGCAUAGGUGUUUCCUGCCUCUACCUGCUACUUGGACUGCCAGGGGGUUCCUGUCUGACACAGCAUCUGUCGGACCACAGGACAAGAGGGCUCAUAAUGAUAAUGUAACCUCAAUGUCCUUGUAUAUUGAUAAUAAUUAUAGCAAUAACAUGGCAAUUAAA